AUGAGUCAUAUCCUGAUAAAAGAUGGCCACAACAAAGUUCCCUAUAGAUUGGAAGAACCUUUAUCUGAGGAGGCCAGAUUAGUUUUCAAAAAAGCAGCGCAGUUAUGGAUGGACGACACAUGCAUUGACCUAAUAGAAGAAGAUGACGAAGAGGUCGGAGAUAUCCUAAUUGUGUUCAAUGGAUCCAGCUGCUGGUCGCAAGAUGGUAGACAGGGAGGUCUCCAAUUCACAUCAUUCCACCGUGACUGUGCAACGAUCGGAGGUGCUUCUAACCUAUUGGGUCAUACCCUUGGGCUCGACAAUGCGUAUUCGAUGCACGAUCGAGUUCUACUCCUCACGGCUGAAGAAGAAGAUAGCAAUGUAUAA